AUGAAUAAAGAAAUUUUACAAUUGGAUACAGAAAAACGUAUUUCAAUUCAUAUUGAAAAUGGAAAUGGAAAUAAAAAAACUGAUCAAUUAGAUUUAAAAUAUCUACUAAAUCCAGCUAAUAUUAAAAUACAGGACAAUUUAAAUUAUCUUGAAUUUAAUUAUAAAAAUAAGCAACAUAAUUAUUAUAAGAAUGAUAAUAUAAUUACUUGUGAAUCAAAUAGUGGAAUAAAAAAAUUAAAUGAAAAUGAAUUAAAAAUUUUAAAUUAUCAUUUAAAAUGUGAUAUUUUUCUAUUUAAAUCAUUAGAAUUAAAAGAAAAUCUUGAUAAAUGUGAUAUUGAAAAAACAAUAAUUAAAGAAUAUUUAAUUAAUUAUAAAUCGAAAAAAAAUUUUAAUUUUAAAAUAAAUAAUGAAUUAAUAUUUAAGAAAAAAGAAUUAAAUGAAAUAAUGAAUGAAUGA